AUGAGCAGACGAAAUCACUGGUACGCAAACACACCCACCGCUAGAGGGCAACAGGGCAACCACCAGGACAAGCUGAGGGAGCUGAUGCUUUGGGUAGCCCUGCAAGACAAGCGAAAUAAACAAGCAGACGGAACAGAACACUACCAGGAGCAGAAAUGUGGGGCUGCAGGGCUUGCAGCAACACGCCCUUCGCGGCCCUCUUUGGCUUUGGAAGCGCCGAGGAAGACAGACGGAAAAAGAAAAAGAGGGCAAGUUCACAGGCCCAGGAGAGCUCUUCUCAUUCUAACUCAGAGGGAGACAGUGCGUAUACCGAUCGAUAUGCGUCUCAAGAGACGUUUGAGCCGCGGAGUCCAGAAGAGGUGGAAGCGCUUUGCAGGGCAAAAAAUCGCUCGCGGGGUGCACAGAGGCUACGAUCCCGUUUUGGGAGACGACAAACAGUGUGUCGUUUGGUACGGGGAUUUGUCGGAAGACGACAACUUGCCUGUCAUUCGGAUGGUGAAGCCUGGAGAAACUCAGGAGUCCCAGACUUACGUGAACCGCACCCUCGUUUUCCUCUAUGCAGAUGAGGAGAGUUUCAACGAGUUGCAGGAGAAACCCAAGAAGGCGUUUACGAUGGCCUGCGCAAAUCCGUUGUGUGUUAACCUCACGCACAUCGCACUUGAUGAUUAA